ACCUGAAGGUGCGUGGCGUCACGCCGCCCGCGCCGCGCUGAUUGGCUCCUCCUUGGAGCCCCGCCCCCUCCGCUGUGGCCAAGCCGGCUUCAGCGUCGCCGCCAUCUUUGUUGAUGUGUCAGCUCCGCGGGGGUUUCGGGGGGAAGCUGCGGCGGCGCGCGAGGGGAUCGGCCCGGAUCUCCACCGCCUCCUCUCCUGCCUACACCUGAUUUGGCGGAGCCCACCAUGGAGAAGGUGGCCUGUGAACCGGAGCUCCAGCGGCCUCUUUAGGGUGCGGCCUGGGGCUUGGAGAAGUGGGAUGUAAAACGAAGAUCAGGAGCAGAUUUGAAGAAAUGCAAAGUGAGUUGGAGCCAGUCAGCAUGUCAGAGACAGAGCACGGAACAUCCAUUUCCUCUGAUACACAUGUUGGAAAAGCAUCUGAACUAAAAGAAGACUCAGGCAACUCAUUUUCUGGUGAUGAUGAAAGCAACAGAUUGGAAAAUGAAUUCAAACUAUUGUCACUAAACUUGGACAAAAUUUUGCACCAACCUCAUGAACACAGUAAUCAAGUUGAAGUACAAGAAAAUUGUAUUCUAGAUCAUAGUAGAGAUGAAGAUUCUUGUACUAAAGCAGACACAUGCCCAGAAAAUUCUGAACAAAUAGAUAACUUCCCUAGUGGAGAUUUUGUAAAGCAAGUACCAAAAACAAGUGAAACAGAGCAGACAGUAACACAAAUAUUGGCAGAAUUAAGGUCAUCUACAUUUACAGAAGCUGCUAAUCAAAAGACUUAUUCAGCAAGCCCCUAUGAUACAGACUGCACUAAAAAACUUAUUUCAAAAAUAAAGAAUGUUUCAGCCUCAGAGGACUUGUUGGAAGAAUUAGAAUCUGAGCUCUUAUCUACAGAGUUUGCAGAAGAACACCAAGUGCCAAAUGGAAUGAAUAAAGGAGAGCAUGCAUUAGUUCUUUUUGAAAAAUGUGUACAAGAUAAAUAUUUGCAGCAAGAAUACACGAUAAAAAAGUUAAUUAAAGAAAAUAAGAAGCAUCAGGAUCUCAUCUUAGACAUUUGUUCAGAAAAAGACAAUUUAAGAGAAGAACUAAAAAAAAGAACAGAAACGGAGAAGCAGCAUAUGAGCACAAUUAAACAGUUAGAAUCAAGAAUAGAGGAACUUAAUAAAGAAAUUAAAGCUUCCAAAGAUAAACUAGUAGCCCAAGACAUUGCAGCUAAAAAUGCAGUUCAGCAAUUACACAAAGAGAUGGCCCAACGGAUGGAACAGGCCAAUAAGAAAUGUGAAGAGGCACGCCAGGAAAAAGAAGCAAUGGUAAUGAAGUAUGUAAGAGGUGAGAAGGAAUCUUUAGACCUUCGAAAGGAAAAAGAGAUACUUGAGAGAAAACUUAGAGAUGCAAAUAAAGAAUUUGAGAAAAACACUAACAAAAUUAAGCAGCUUUCUCAGGAGAAAGGACGCUUACAACAGCUGUAUGAAGCAAAGGAAGGCGAAACAACUAGACUCACCAGAGAAAUAGACAGAUUAAAGGAGGAUAUCAACUCUCACAUCAUUAAAGUAAAAUGGGCACAAAAUAAAUUAAAAGCUGAAAUGGAUUCACACAAGGAAACCAAAGAUAAACUCAAAGAAACAACAACAAAGUUAACUCAAGCAAAGGAAGAAGCAGAUCAGAUACGACAAAAUUGUCAGGAUAUGAUAAAAACCUAUCAGGAAUCAGAAGAAAUUAAAUCAAAUGAGCUUGAUGCAAAGCUUAGAGUUACAAAGGGAGAACUUGAAAAGCAAAUGCAAGAAAAAUCUGACCAACUAGAGAUGCAUCAUGCCAAAAUAAAAGAACUAGAAGACCUGAAGAGAACAUUUAAGGAGGGUAUGGAUGAGCUACGAACUCUGAGAACAAAGGCAAAAUGUCUAGAAGAUGAACGAUUAAGAACAGAAGAUGAAUUAUCAAAAUAUAAGGAAAUUAUUAAUCGCCAAAAAGCUGAAAUUCAGAAUUUAUUGGACAAAGUGAAAAUUGCAGAUCAGAUACAGGAGCAGCUUCAAAGAGGUAAACAAGAAAUUGAAAAUUUGAAGGAAGAAGUGGAAAAUCUUAAUUCUUUGAUAAAUGACCUACAAAAAGACAUCGAAGGCAGCAGGAAAAGAGAGUCUGAGCUACUACUGUUCACAGAAAAGCUCACUAGUAAGAAUGCACAGCUUCAAUCAGAAUCCAAUUCUUUGCAAUCACAGGUUGAUAAACUUUCCUGUAGUGAAAGUCAAUUACAAAGCCAAUGUGAACAUGUGAAACAGACAAAUACUAGUUUGGAAAGUAGAUUGCUCAAAGAAGAAGAACUGCGCAAAGAGGAAGUACAGAUUCUACAAGCUGAACUCACUUGUAAAGAAACAGAAGUUAAAGGGCUGAGUACCCAGGUGGAAGAAUUGAAAGAUGAGCUAGUUACUCAGCGACGCAAACACGCCUCCAAUAUCAAGGAUCUCACCAAGCAACUUCAGCAAGCACGAAGAAAAUUGGAUCAGGUUGAGAAUGGAAGCUAUGAUAAAGAAGUUAGCAGCAUGGGAAGUCGGUCUAGUUCAUCAGGGUCCCUAAAUGCUCGCAGCAGUGCCGAAGAUCGAUCUCCAGAAAAUUCUGGGUCAUCAGUAACUGUGGAUAACUUUCCUGAAGUGGACAAGGCUAUGUUGAUUGAGAGGAUAGUUAGGCUGCAGAAAGCACAUGCUCGGAAAAAUGAAAAGAUAGAAUUUAUGGAAGACCACAUCAAGCAGUUGGUAGAAGAAAUUAGGAAAAAAACAAAAAUAAUUCAGAGUUACAUUUUACGAGAAGAAUCAGGCACACUUUCUUCCGAAGCAUCUGACUUUAACAAAGUGCACUUGAGUAGACGUGGAGGCAUCAUGGCAUCUUUAUACACAUCCCAUCCUGCUGACAGUGGCUUAACACUGGAACUCUCUUUGGAAAUCAACCGAAAGUUACAGGCUGUUUUGGAGGAUACAUUACUAAAAAAUAUUACUUUGAAGGAAAAUCUACAAACACUUGGAACAGAAAUUGAACGUCUUAUUAAACACCAGCAUGAAUUAGAACAGAAGAUGAAGAAAACCUAAUUCAAAGCUCUUGCUCAGCCCUCAGACAGAGCCACACAGCAGCAGGUGCCACUCACCAGUGUUGCUGGAAACUUUCCCUGCUUUGUGUGUCAUCCAGUCACAAAUUUGUUUUGCUUCAUCUGUAUAAAAGAGUACCCUUUUACAAAUGGGUGCCUUGCUGUGUAUGCUGUAAAUACGUAAGCUUUGAUGAAAUCUGUUUUUAUAUGGUACAGUUCAACCACCCGUCACCGAAUCUGAACACUUUGAUUUGCCCAGAAUCAUGAAAUGCUGAACAUUACUAUAAGGGCUUUAAAACAAAGAAACAAAAAACCCUUUAUAUAUAGUUCUUCCCAUUAAAGUACAUUAUGUCACAAAUAACUGAACUUUUCAAAAUUAUGCAUGAAGAGAUCAUUGACCAUUAUCUCCAAUACCAAGAAAACUAAAGAAAUAUUUUUUUUCUGUUUUGCCUGGGUGUGGUGGUACGCACCUGUAUUCCCAGCUACUUGGGAGGCUGAGGCAGGAGGAUCCCUGGAGUUCAAGACAGGAUUGUGCAACAUACUGAGACCCCAUCUGAAGGAGAAAAAAAAAAAUCAUGUUUUGAGACCCUGCUGUAGGGAUGCAUUUGAGUGCUUCAGUCUUUCUGUAUUUGCUUUAAUGAAAAGUAAAAGUAGGAAAGCAGCUAUUAGUAACUCCCAGUGGUCAGCCAUUUUACAAUGUCUCCAUCGGGUCUCUUUGUCUGCCUUAGGCACGGUUUUUGUUUUUUGUUUUUUUAUUUCCCCGAUUUGGAUUGUUUGAGUUUAGUAGUUGAACUUUUUUAGUUACAUUCUGCAGUGUGAAAUGGAUCCAGUCAUUGGAACAGAAAGAAAUACUUGUUUAGAACUGGGUACUACAGUUUUACUGACACUGUAUGUAUACAAAGAAUCGUACGCGUCCUGGAUGGCCCUUGCCCGUUACGCCAGUCACAGUGAGCUGCCACACUCUUCUUCCAAAUGGGCUAUGUCAGCUUAUUUAUAUGAAGCAAAAUAACAUCUCUGUGACAAAGGAAUUUUUAGCCAAACUUUGUAUCUCGUUGGAUUUUUUUUUUUACAAUAUUUAUUUAAAGUAUAGUGCCGAUAUUUCUGUUAGUGAUUUUCUUUGGUACCUCUUAUCAUUUCUUGUCUUAUUCUGAUUUCAUACUGCAUUAUUUUCAAAUCAUUUAUGUAAAGCUUUGGCUUUCCAGCAAGUUCAUUUUUGUUUUGGAUUUUGUUAUCCUUUUCCCCUUAAAUGACUUUUGGGAUGAUGGGUUAAGAGCCUGGAAAUAAUUGUGUGGACUCAUAGUGGCAAUGUCCUUUUAAUAUGUUUUUAGUUUUUAAAUCAAUUUAGCAGUUUAAAAAUAUAAUUUACUAAAUAUUAGAGGAUUAAAUGUAAUCUUAUUUUUCUCAAUAUUGCUGUAUGUUACCUAAACUCAUGUUUUUUAACUUCAUAGUGAAAGUCUGUAUUCAUAGGUGUUUUUAAAUAAGUGUAAAAAAGUAUUAGUCUUAAUAUAUCUUGCUUCUUUAACAAUAAUUUAUCAAAUUUAAAAAUCAAGAGGGAAAGUGCAAUAAAAUAUAAUUUAUUUUCCCGUUUGUUCCUAGAUGUACUGUUAACACUCCAAAGGUCUACUUAGCAUAGACACCUAACUAGAUUUUUCUAGUGAUACAGAUUCAAAAACUACAUUGGAUUUUGUUUUUCUCCAAGGCAUUAAACUUACCAUGGAAAUCAAAUAAUUGUCUAUAUACUUGAAAAAAUAUAUGUUCCUUAUUACUGACAAAAUGGAGCAUUCCAGUAUAUUUAAGCCACCAUCUCCUUGGAGUCAUUUAAUGGUAAAACAAUGUUAGAAGAAAAUUAUUGAAUACCAAAAUUUGAUCAUACGUUUCCUCCCUCCAUGCCCCCCCCCCAUAAAUCUUACACUGUGAAAAGGUUCUGAAGGAAGGGCUUUAAUGUUGGACUUCAGUAUCCACUGGAUCCAUUUGGAUUUAGGACAGAGCAGAACAAUGUAAAACGAAUGUGCGUGUAUCAAAAAUCAGCUCCAGAUGUGAAGUUUUGAGUAACCUCUACCUGUUAACUAUAUUACAUAUACAGUGAGAGGAAUGGAUGUCUGGAAGUAGAUAGACUUGUGGGAAAAGUUGUUUUUUUAUGUUCCUUGUUGUGCACACUGAAGGUGGAUUUUGUUAAUAUUUCGGAAUCUUUAAGAGAGAAAUUUCAUUUGUAUGUAUAUCCUUCCUAGGUUUGAAUUUCAAAAAGUCUGGUAAAGCAGUUUCAGGGAUUGAAAAUGGUGGACUUGAAGGAGUUUAAACUUUUGAUGGUAGUUUUUGGGGGGUGGUUUUGUUUUCUGUCUUCAUAACCAUUUAUUCAUGUAGGCUAUUCAUUUAAUAAACAUUCACUUAAGCAAAAUGAAAAACUUACAUUUCCAGGCACCAAAGAGGUAGUGUGGUUAUGUUGACCAACAGACCAGACAGGGUUCUUUUUGUCCCUGGAUUUGUAGUAUAAUGAAAAUAGCUGGAGGCAAGAAGAGCAGAUCUUUGGGCCACUGGCUUCUGCCAGCCAUUCUUCUGGGCUUUGGAGGGGGUUUAUCUAUUUAGACUAGUAGGUGGCCCAGACUCUUCAGCCUGGCAUGAAGCUGGAAACUUGAGUCCAUGCUGAGGUAGACAAGUGCUUCCACACAUCUCCCAACUCCUUUCAUUGCUUAAUGUUUAUUCUGAAAGAAAGGAAACAAUUCUGAAGAUCAUAAAGUAAUACUAGGUUUUUACAGUGUAGUAAAUUAUUGAUGUCUAUUUGAUACUCAUAUAGAUGAAUCAUGCCAUUAUGUUUCCAAAUGUUUUGCAGUAUAUUUUCUGGAGAUUUUUUUACAUGCAUUUAUUUAGACCAAAAUUUACCAGUAGAAGAAAAAUUCAAGUCAUUAAUAUUGUAAACACUCUGGUGAACGUGGUUGUAUAAGUUAUGUUGUCAUUCAUGCUUUAUAAAGUAGCCUCUUUUUCAAUAACCAUUGACACUAAGAUUGUUAAUUUUCCAUACCAGUUGGUGGCGCCAGAAGCCAGAAAAUUUUCCAGGCUAAACAUGAUAUAUAAUGGAAAAAAUGUCCAAACACAAAUUAGGGGGAAAUAAAUGAAAAAUGGAAUUGCUUACUAGAACAUAUUUUCCUUGGAGUGGAAUUAUUUUUAAAAUGCAUAUGUUUCUCCAUUUUGACUGUGAUCAUGAAAACGUUUAUCUUCCAGAGUACAUAUUUGUGUGCAUUGUAUAGAUAAUUUUUGAUUACCCUGUUCAUUUUGUAAAUAUGUUUCUGUAUAAAAUGAUUCUUUUCAAGAAGAUUCUGUGUAUAUAAUAUCUUAUUAAAUAGGUAAUGCCUGUCUA